GUGAUCGUGCAGCGCUGCCUGGCCGGGCGCUCCCUGACCCACGUUCGCGCUGGCUGCGUCGUCUGUGGCUACCUCAAGGUGCUGCCCAUGUUCCUCAUGGUCCUGCCUGGCAUGGCCGCCAGAGUCCUCUUCCCAGAGGUCGUGGGCUGUGCUGACCCUCAGGGCUGUUCCCAAGCCUGUGGAUCUCCCGUGGGAUGUUCCAAUGUGGCUUAUCCUCGACUCGUCCUCGGCCUCCUCCCCCCAGGCCUGAGGGGGUUGAUGUUGGCUGUUGUCCUUGCUGCUCUCAUGUCCUCCUUGGCCUCCAUCUUUGCCAGUUCUGGGGCCCUUUUCACCCUUGACGUCUACCAGAGGUUGAGACCUCGAGCAGGACCAAAACAUCUGCUAAUGGCUGGAAGGGUGUGGAUUGUGGCCAUGGUGGGACUGAGCUUGGCUUGGCUUCCCGUGGUGGAAGCAGCUCGAGGUGGACAACUCUUUGACUACAUCCAGGCCAUCGCCAGCUACUUGGCCCCACCAGUGGCCGCUGUCUUCUUCUUGGCUGUGUUUGUCCCAAGGGUCAACGAGCCUGGAGCCUUUUGGGGUCUCAUUGCAGGUUUGGUUUUGGGCUUGGCCAGGUUGAUCCCGGAAUUUGCCUUGGGGACUGGAAGUUGUGGUGUCCCAGGGCGUUGUCCAUCCUUUGUUUGUGGUCUCCACUACCUUCACUUUGCUGUUGUCCUCUUCCUGGCCACCAGCAUCAUCAUCGUGGCUGUGUCCCUCUGCUAUCCACCCAUCCCACGCCACCACCUCCACAGGUUGGUCUAUAGUCUCCGGAAUAGUCAAGAGCCAAGGAUUGACCUGGACAGUCCCAAAGCUGGAAUAGGAGACAUCCAACUCCAGGGUGAGCAGGACCUCCAUGAGGACCUGGUCUGGAGGAGAGUGGUGGACAUCAACGCCUUGGUCCUCAUGGCUGUGGCUGUUUUCCUCUGGGGUUACUUUGCUUGA